AAGUGGCCAGCUGUGCAGAGCUUUUUAGGCUCACUUAUGUACAUGCUAAAUAAUAUUUUCUAUUUCUGUGACACUGAUGUAAUGUCUGUCUACUAUGUACCACACUUUUGUUUAAUAGUAAAGCAAAGCAGAAAUUUGUGCAAGAUUCAGGUAAAGUCAAACAUGCUAAAAAAACAAUGAAAAAAUAAUUAGGGCAGUGAGGGAGUAAAGAGAUGAGGCAAGAUGAAGAAAAACAUUCCUAGAGAGCCACAGCAGCAACAAUAUUUAAUUUUAACUUACUAAAGAUUGAGAGACUGCAGUUUUACUUAACAAAACCUCACAAAUAUCCUAGCUCUUUUGCUGAUAGAUGUAAGUGACAAAAAAUAUGAAUCUUAAUUCACACCUUACAGUGUAAUGUGCUAGAGGUACAGAAAAGGGAGAAGGAACUGAAAGCUAAUAUUUUAUAAGGAAUGUCUGUGGAGUUCCUCAUGUGGGGAAUUCAGGGCUUAGCAUAACGUUCAAUUUUGUGUCACUUUCCUGCAGCAAAUAAAAAAAAAGUAUUUACAAACAGUUUUCUCCAUGCCUACCACUUUGCUUCAUGUUAUCCUUGAUAAGUUACAGCUGAGAUUACUUUGAAGUGGUUUGGGGCUUAUAUCCCAUGAGCCUUAUCUCUGUGGCAGCCAAAGGUGGAGCAAUUUUUAUCUAAAUUAGAGGUCACUUUUGUAUGACUUGUCCAAAUUCAGAGAGAAAAACAGGAGAGCUACUCUCAUGGGGAUGCCUACAGAUUCCCAUCUCUUAGGCUGCAGGUAAAAAGUAAAUUUCUCAGGAGGCUGUGUUUGUGCUUGCCUUGCUGGGCUCACGUGCUGCAGUGACCAGGGGCUCUGCAGAGGUAAGGGCCAUGCUGCUGUGUCAAGGGCUGCCCCAGGCAGCCUGGGAGUACCAGAGCUUACCAGAAUGCCAUGCUGGCUCCCAAACUCAGUCACAACUUGGUUGAGACUCAUAUAAGGUUGUGUGUAAAAGAUGAAUCAGUGCAUUAGAGUAUAUAACAUUAGUGAAUAUUCCACUUGGAGUAUUUUGCAGAAUAUUGUCCCUGUGGCUACAGAAAUGGUUGACAACCCCAAAGCUCCACUCACUUUGUCUUACUACCCCUAUGCCCUCCUAGCAGGAGAUGGAGGAUGCCAAAUUACUAACUAUUUCAAAAAACCUAUUUUAUAAUGGCACCACCAAAACAAAUGUUACAAAAUGAGCUUUCAUGUGUUAAAAUCUUUGCAAGACUUAUUUCAGUUUUGGGCUGAAGUUUCCAAAUGCUGAAAAAUUUCUUCAGAAAAAAAAGGUCAAGUUCCCUAAUUUGAUAAAUCAGGAAUAUGUUUAUAAUGUUUAUAGAGUCAAAAAUUUAAUAGCUAUGUCUUCUUUUAACCACCUGAAAAUCUGAGGUUUUGCACUUGACGUUUUUCACUCAAUUGCAAAAUUCAGAGAAAUGUCAUGAAAAUCUAAGUAUGAAUAUGUUUCAUAUAGUUAGCUUCCACCAAUGCACAAAUAUCCUGCAAUGACAUGGUAUUAAGCACUGGUUAUUAAUCUUAAUUUGCUUUUCUAGAAAUAGCAAAUCAUUCAUUUGUAUUAUGUAUACUAUAUAAUUGUGUCCAAAAAGGAUUAUCUACUACAUACUGAUUGAAAGAGACCACAGACUAGACUAAACUGUCAUAGCCACUAUAUUUAGUAAUAAUGUAGGAAAAACUGGAUUUUCAAUCAUUUGAUACCAUGUUAUUUGCAAAAGUAACCAGGAAAAACUAUAUAUUACAAAAACUAUGCUUGCUAGGAAUACUCUGGCUGGAGAAACCAUGUUAUAAUAAUCAAUGAAACUGAACAAAAUAAUAUUUCUAUGGCAAAUUUCCUUUGGAGCUGGUGUAUAAUGAAGAAAAAUUUUCAUUACUAAGAAGGCAAAAGGGUGGGUGGCUUGCAAGUAGAACAUACAAAAAUACUCUUUCAAGGUAACUGUAUAAAAAGCUAGCAAACUAUUAGGUCAGCAAGGAGAAGGGGAGGAGCAGAAAAUAUUGUAAUUGAAAAAUAUUUUAAUUUUUUCCAAUAUAUGUUUGGUUUUUUUCUCCUUUGUUUUUAAAUGAAUUAUGAAUUUAAUAAUAAAAAUAGUGUACAGAAAUAUGCAUUGCUAUUCUUUAUCUAGCAUAUUUAGCUCUCCGUAUUUGGAGUGCUGUUUAACUAGCUGCCGUGUUCACUCGAGACCACUAGAAGGUGCUCCUCUGUUGAAAGAUAAUUAUUUCUGUCUGAAUUGCUGUUAAAAGCUAAUUUUCCUCCAAUAACUGUGGUUCUGGCCAAUUGUUUACACAAACUGUAAUUGCAGCCACUACCCCUGCUAUAAACCAGCUGGACCUCGUCUGCUAUAACCAUUAUCACAGCAUGAAAAGAACAGAUCUGUUAUCACUCUCUCUGAUAAAUCAAAAUCCCAUCUGAGCAGGACUCUAGUUAGUUUGCUGGAGGUGAGGCAUGGAAAUUGUGGUGGAACUAACAAACCACGCAUUUUGUAAAGUUAGGAAUCACAGAAUCAUUUUGUGGAAAAAAACUUUUAUGAUAAUUGAAUCCAAUCAUACACCUAAAGCCACCAAAACCCAUUCCUGGAGUAAGUUAGGGCAGAAUGCAUUCCUAAUGACAGUUUGUACACUUGUCUGAGGGAGAGCUCAACAUAAAAAGCAAACAAACAAACAAAAACCCCAAACAAACAAAAAACCCAAACAAAACUACCACAAACAUACAGUCACUUGUUAGAAGUACAACUGCUAAAUGUCAGAUUGGUCCAAGUCUGGCAGAAUAAUAAUCAAACUUGCUGUGGGAGAUCUGUGCAGAUUGCAGCACAUACUAAUUCUGACCUAGGACUGGAUUCACUGAUUGUAUCCUUUUCUGGUGCUCAGACAGGUGUUGCUCUGGAUGCAUAUACAGGUGCCAGUUGAGAAUGUACAGCUUACAGCAAAGCAGAUCUCACUGAGUCUGGAAAAGCUCAGGCCUGUGUGCAUACCCCUGUACUCCACUGUGAGCUAGAGAGCAUCUUUUUUUUGUCACUGGAAUGUGCUUCCUUUUGGUCUCACAAAAGCAAUUCUCCACUGUGAGCUAGAGAGCAUCUUUUUUUUGUCACUGGAAUGUGCUUCCUUUUGGUCUCACAAAAGCAAUUCUCCACUUUGUUUUGCACUGGAAACACAGGCAUGCUCAGUAACCCCUGGGGUACCUGUUUGUCCAGUGUGAGAUCUAGUCACAGUCUCCAUAAUAGACAGCAAAGUUGCAAAUAUUUAUUGAAGACAAAAAUAAACCUGAUGCUUAAUCUGCUUUGUUUUCUGACUCAAAAUUCUUUUUAAAUGUUUAUUUUAAGGGCCUGUGUAGUAGAUACAUUGUAAGCAAUUCUAUUUACUAUUAAAAAUAAGCUUGUGAAUUGGAUUCAGGAGAAAAGAACAAACAGUAUAAUAAAACCCUGAUAAUUUUGACAAGUUGUUGCAGAGCAUCAGUAAACUGGUAUUGAAGAACAAAGAUUUCAGCACUUCCCUUCAGAGUUCAGCAUCAGCAUUAUACAGGCUAUAAAUACUGCUAUGUUUCUUUUAUCUGGUAUGAGGUUUGGAUUCCAAAGAAUUCAAAGAAGGAAAAUGUAGUUUCUGGAGGCAUGACAUAUAUGGUGAUAAAACAUUUUGGCUCUAAAAUUAAAAAAAUAAGGAGGAUCAUGAAAUUUCAUACAUAGGUAUGGCAGUUAAAAAUGAUAAAAAUUCUAAAAGAAUAAAGAGUGCAAAAAUUUACAUAUAUAUUAUAUAUAUUAAUAUAUAUAUUAAAUAAAUAUAUACAUAUAUUGAAUACUUACACACCCUUUAACUUUUUUUAAAUUAUGCAGUGAGGCCAUAUAAAAAGAGAACUAUUUUUUCCCCUUAGUUUUGUAACCUGGGAUUGGGUCACAUAGGAUUAAAAAAUUUACACCUCAGGAACAAAUGCGUUAGCAUUUUCUGUUGCUAAUGCAGGGUUUUCAGUUACUUCCCCAUUAAAAAAUGUUCUAAAACAUUACAGGAAAUCAAUAUCUAUUUUUACAGGUUUCCUUUUAUUUGCAUCAGCACAAUUGUCUAAACCUAAGUAACAAAAUCAGUAAUAGUAAAGUCUAAAAUUAAAAUGAUAGGCGAAAUCUCUGUAAUGGAAAUUAGGAGGUGCAGAAAAAUUCAGAAUUAAGCCUGCCUGCACACUAAUUCUGGCAUAGCUUUAGGCCUUCCCAAAUUAUCUGCAUUUUACAACUCUUCCAAAUCAGCAGCCUGAAAUAUUUGUUCUAGGCAGUAGCAAAGACAUGAAUGUAAAGCAGAGAUGUGGUGCCUUCAGGGCCCCCCUGCAAUGUUUGAUAUGGCAGAUGACACUGACCAUCACCAGCCGGCUCUUUCUUGCCUUUGGGUAAUCCAUUAAGAAAAGAAAGCGUCAGCUCUUUCCUUGCAGCAGCAAAAGUCCAUCCUCCACUUCUUGUUUUGGUAUUAAAAGAUGAAUAUGCAUUCUUUUGAACAAUUCUAUUCUUUUCUUCUUUGAGAAACAGCAAGAAAUCUUUAAAGGCUAUGUGGCAUUUCUGAAAUGGCAUUUCUUUCUCUAAGGAAGGCGGAGUGCUAUGCAUUUCACCUGUGUGCACUCACCUGCACUCUCUAGUUCAGAUUAGGCCCUUGAGACCACCAAAACCAUGUAAGACAGGCUGCACAAGAAGCCCAGUGGAAAGACAUCUGGCUGCAGACAUCAGUCUUCUGACCAGCAUUGGCUGAACUGGUGGGAAACCCGAGAUCCUCAGCUCCUUUGUCUUAGCACACAGUGUUCUGUGUGAGGACGUCAGUUCUCCAGAUGGGUCAGUAGCUGAGACCUUGACUGUCACCUUUUGUGACAUUAGGCUGCAUUUUACCUUAGACUGCAGAAGCUGAGAUCUGCAGUGCUCCCUGAUUAAGGUUCACCUUUCCCAGCUGGAGGAAGUCCCAUCUGUGCUGAGUCAUGUGAAGUGGAAGAGACCGAGCUGCUAAGUGCCAAGCUGAAGUCCUGAAAAGAGAACUUGGGAGGGCUGUAGGUUUGAUAGAUCCCUGCAGGAGGCCAGCACAUCCCAUCAUCUCUUGAUUGCAGGCUCCAGGGAGACUUGGCCCCUCAGAGUCUUGGAUAUUUCUCUGAAGCAGGAGCAGAGAAGUUACAUUUCUGUACAAGGCAGAUGAUGGACUUAGCCAUAUCACCAGCCUCUGCUGUGGUUCCUCCAGCUGUAGAAUCAGUCUAGGCAUAUUUUUUCUCGUGUCUAAAGAGAUUUGACUUCCACAGAUUAAAGCAAUGUACAAUAGUGAAGUAUUUUAGUAGCAAUGUGGCAUUAAUAUAAUUUGUUAUAGUUUUUUGCCAAGUGAGGUGAUUCUGAGGCAUGGCAAAGAAAAACUUUGAUAUUGGAAUACACUCAUUUAUGUAUAUCAAAGAGAAAGCCAAACUUUAAGGAACAUCUGAACAUUUUUAUUUUAAAAAGUAAGCUCCUGUCUUAAUAACUAAACAUUUCAGUAGGUUCUCUGUGAGAUGAAAGUAUUACGAAGAAAAAUAGAGAAUAUAAAGAUGCUUUCUGUAGCAACUUUGGGAAAUUUGUAGCAAAAUUUAUCUCUUCAACUUAGAAAUUUUUGGUGUAAUGAUUGUUGCUUACAAAACAAUGCUGAAUGUACAAUAGUAAAUGAGAAAGUUGUUUCUCUGACAAUAGCUGAGCACGUACAUAAAAGGUCAAAUCUUUCAGGUCAUGGUCUAUCUUGUGUUCACUGAAUGUGUUAUGAACAUGUUAGAAUAUCUAGAUAAGGUACACAAAAGCUACCUAGACCUUGCAGUCUGUUUUGUAGGCUAAUACUUUAUUACCAUAUACUAUAAUGUGUUCAAUCCCAUAAUAGUUGGGUAUUUAACUGGAUACCAUGUCCUCAGAUUUAAUCCAAACAAAAAUCAGUGAGAAACCAAUAUUGCAACAUACUUGUCAUAGUAGAAGAUGUUUGCUUUGGCUCUUGGCUGUUUAGUUUAUUGUUCACUUAUUGUAGCGAAAUGGAAUAAACAUAUAAUUUUAUUUGUUUAUGUCAUUCUAUCCAGGUAAUAUUAUCAUAAAACAUUUUAGGACCAUGUAUUUCAGAGUAAAAAUAUAAGCAAGUAAAUAUGAACAGAUGUCUUGUGCCUUUUAACUAUUACUUUGCAGAAAACCUUUGGUUUCAAUCAGAGCAACAUGAGCAUUAGAUCAGCCUAGUUGAACAAAAAUGCUUUAAAAAAGUGUUUAAUUGAUUAUAUAACCAUUUAUAAUCAGGAAAACAAAUGUCCAGAACCCUUAUCACCUACUGGAGUAUAUUCACUGCUGAGUAUCAUGAGAAACAGAAAUAUCUUGGAGUGAGAGAUGGAAGGAUUUUUUUUUUAAGAUUAUGCAGUGCUUUUAGACUCAGCCCAGGACAAAGGCAUGUUGUAUGAGAUGUCCAGGCUGGGAGAACAGAGGCACUGUGGAACAGAUGUGUUUUGUACCAAUGCCCUUAUCUGCUUUUUUCCUUCUGUUCUUCAUGAUUUAGGGUUGGUUGAGACUAAUCUUUCUAGAAGCAUGAGGUUCUAACUUUUCUUUUUUUUUUCUCCUUUUUCUCUUAUGUGUGUGAGCAUCCUGGCACCUCUGUUAUAGAUGGCUUUCUUGAUAGAUAAUUAAUGAGCUUUAUAGAACUUGUGGACACAGACAAUGGAGGCAAACAGACAUGGAGGCAUAUUUCCAAUAGACAAUUACAUUUUUUAAAAAUAAUGUUUUUCUUUUAAAGUAAGAAAAAUUGAAAUAUUAAGAAAUAUCAAAGGAAAGAAGCAGUACUGAGAAUGAGGUCAGUUGCUCCGUCUGAAAAUGUUUCGAGAGGACCAUGGGUCUUGGAUGACGAUGUUCUUCAGUACCAUCCUCUUCCUCUUCAUAUUUUCUCACAUUUAUAACCUGUUCCUCAUUAUGGCGGGGAAUAUGAGUGCAUACAUUAUAACAGACUUCAUGGGCAUCAGGAAUGAAAAUUUUAUGAAGGUAGCUGCAGUUGGGACUUGGAUGGGAGAUUUUGUCACAGCGUGGAUGGUCACAGAUAUGAUGCUUCAGGAUAAACCCUACCCAGACUGGGGAAAGUCUGCCAGAGCUUUCUGGAAGAAAGGAAACAUUAGGAUCAUUUUAUUCUGGACAGUUCUGUUUACUCUGACCUCUGUAGUUGUGCUUGUCAUCACUACUGACUGGAUCAGCUGGGACAAGCUGAAUCGUGGAUUUCUGCCAAGUGAUGAGGUCUCAAGAGCCUUCUUGGCUUCUUUCAUCUUGGUGUUUGACCUUCUUAUUGUCAUGCAGGACUGGGAGUUUCCACAUUUUAUGGGUGAUGUUGAAGUGAAUCUUCCAGGCUUGCCUUCAGCACAUAUGCAAUUCAAAGUACCUUAUUUCCAAAAGAUACUGAAAGAGGAAUAUCACAUACAUAUAACAGGCAAGUGGUUUAACUAUGGAAUUAUCUUCCUUGUUUUAAUCUUGGAUCUGAAUAUGUGGAAGAACCAAAUAUUCUACAAACCUCAUGAAUAUGGUCAAUAUAUCGGUCCUGGACAGAAGAUCUACACAGUGAAGGACUCAGAGAGCUUGAAAGACCUUAACAGAACUAAGUUGUCUUGGGAGUGGAGAUCCAAUAACACUAACCCAUUGACAAACAGGACCUAUGCUGAAGGGGACAUGUUCUUGCACAGCAGGUUCACAGGCUCUAGCCUUGAUGUCAAAUGCCUGGCUUUUAUUCCAAGUUUGCUGGCUUUUGCUUUGUUUGGUUUCUUCAUCUGGUUCUUUGGGCGAUUUCAGAAAACUGACCAAGGCAUGGAGAAUUUAGACAAAUCAUAUACAAGAAUGAAACGAAAGUCACCAUCAGAUAUGGGAAUGACACGAGAAAAUACACAGGUGUUAGAAGAACCAUUGAAUUUUCAAGAACCACACCUGGUAUCCAUAAAAUCAGACUUAAGUGAAAUAGUUUUUAAUUCUUCUCUUCUAACUUCUGAAAACUUGAACGCACAACUGAAUGAACAAGACAGCCCUUUACAGCCAGUACCAGAGUCCUCUGUCCCUAAGAAUAAUCCUGUGACAUAAGAGGAAAUUACCCAGGAAAAUCAGUUUAAAUAAGCAGUUACUCUAAGAUUUCAGUUUUACCUUUUGUAAGUUAAGAUUUACAUAGUGUUUAGAAUAAGAAACUCAACCUAUACCAAGAGGUGCUCAGCAUGCUUUUUCUAGGAAUUAUGGUUUUUAUUUGUAUUAUAGUACGUGCCUAUUGUAUAUCUAACAUUCCUUUAUAGAUUGCUUCCCAAAAUUGCACAAGCUAUUUAUUAAUACAUUACCUUAACUGUAUAAUAGUGUAUUAGAUGAUUACUUGCAGGUAUAAAAUUCUACCGUGGUGGUGCCUUGAGACAUUAAACUGUUUUUUAACUCAA